UGCUACUUGAAGCGCAAUGCGCUCUAACCAGCCAUAAGCUGCUCGGAGCGCAUUACUUUGUACGCAUGCGCUAAAUCUUGUACAAUUUUGAUGUGAUUUGCUUUUAUUUUGCGAUAAUUUUCUCGUUCAAAAUAAUGUCGCUAAAAGUUCAUGAUACUUUCUUAUCCUGGGAUGAAUUUUUUCAAGCAGUUGAAAUACACUGUAAUAAAACAUUCCAACCCAUGGUUAAACAUGGUUGCAAGCUAACGGUAACAGCUAAUACUAAGAUCAAGGUCGACCAAAGACCUUAUCCUGAAAUGUUUAAAUACGUGUACUAUAAUUUAAUUUGCACACAUGGUGGAUUCAAUUCAAGCAAAGGAAUAGGGAAAAGAAAUUCAGGAUCAGCAAAAAAUAACUGUCCAGCUAAAAUUUAUGCUGCUUUAACAAAAGAUAGAACAAAAAUAAUUAUUAAACAAAUGAUAGAAACGCACAAUCAUGUUAUUGAACAAGAUCUUUACAAACACUAUGUCCAAAAUAGAAAGCUAUCAAAUGAAGAGAAGGCCAAAGUUAAAGAACUGAGUCGUCUUGGUGUUACUACUAAAGUAAUUGCUGAUGAAAUGAGAAAGAGUACAGGAAAAUCCAUAGUAAAUAAGGACAUUUGGAACAUUAAGGAUAAAAUUCGUCAAAAAGAAAAAAUAUGCCCAUCUUCAAGAAAUGUUUUAAAUGUUGCAGAACUGCUAGUGAAAGUAGUUGAGAAAAGAAGAGAGAGUGAUCUUGGACUGGUAUCACAAUAUGGUAUGUCAGAUGAUAAUACUCUUCAGUAUUUAUUUGUUCAAACUAGUGUAAUGAGAUCCAUAUUUAGUAAGUUCCCUGAGCACAUUUGUAUUGAUACUACCUACUGUCUCAACAACAGUGGUAUGCCACUGGUAUCAUUUUUAUGCAUGGAUGGGAAUGGUUUUUCCCACGUAAUUGCUUUUGCUUUAAUUGCUAAUGAGUCAGAAGUGAUGUUAAGUCAAAUUUUUAAAACCUUUAAAGCUUAUAAUGCUUCUUGGAAUUCCAUUAAAACAUUUAUGAUAGACAAAGAUAUGAGUGAGUUAACAAGACUGGAGCAAAAUUUUCCUAAUAGUUUUUGUGAAAUUUGUUUGUUUCAUGUUAAAAAAGCUUUCAAGAAAAAGGUUGCAGACUUAUCAUGUACCAUUGAUGUUAAAAGAAAAAUUUCUGUAUAUCUGGAUACACUUUGUCAUUCAAGAGAUCAGUCAAUAUAUGAAAAACAGAAACAGUUGCUUUUGUCUCUUAAUGAGUGCUUUGCAGAAUACUUUUUAAAUAAUUGGGAUCAUAUGCGUGAUCGUUGGGUUUUUUAUAAACGAGCAACACAUUUAAACUUUGGCGACACCACUAAUAAUAGAAUCGAAUCUUAUCAUCAGAAAUUGAAAAGUGUAAUAACUCACCCAAUAGAUUUACAUCAGUGUCUUGAAAAAAUAUUUUUUUUAAAUGACAUGUUUUUAGAGGAGUGCAAAUUUAAGCAAUUUAAAAGUUUAACAAAAAAAUACUUUUCCGAGUUGUCCUACCUUCACAACAUAAUUACACCAUAUGCUAUAAAACAUGUAUCGCUUGAGCUUGUAAAAAGUACUCAUUAUGAUUUAAUUUUGCCAUCUAACAAUACUCACAAUGUGAUUGUUGGUGACAACACAUAUAUAGUGAGUGAAAAGUUGUGCAAUUGUAAAUUUUUUAUGAAUAUGUGUUUGCCCUGUCGUCAUCUUAUUGCAGUUUCCCAAUAUUUGGGUAAUGAAAAGUUAAGUUUAGAUUGGUUUAUUCCAAGAUGGCAUGUUGUGAAUAAUUAUUUUGAAGGCUCACCUAUUCCAUAUGAAAAUGCCAAAGUAGAGAAUUCUAAUUGGAGAACUCCAGCACUAGACAAAAUUCAGAAAUAUAAACUUAUCAAGGUUUGCUCUGAUAAGCUAGUAAACAAAUUGGUUGAAUUAGGUACAGAAACGUUCCAGUAUUAUCUAAAGCAGUUAGAUAAAUUUGAAGAGAUGGUUAGUUAUGGAAAAAGAUUUGAAAUUUUCUUUGAAGAUCAACAAGUAUCAGAUAGUAAGAGAACCUCUAUCUCAUCCGAAAACUUUGUAGUGGGUCCUGGUAGUUCCAGUAGUUCAGUAAACAAUGAACCUAUGGAAUCUUCUAAUAAAAUUACAAUUAUGAAUGAAUAUCAACAUAUUGAUUUCUUUGUCAAAAAUAAUCAAAGUCCAUUUAUUGAUGACAAUGUAAAAGAUGAAGUCACUGGAGUACAGGAUGAUCAUAUUGAUUUUACGACUGAAAGUAUGUAUCAACAAGAACAGAUAAAUGAAUCUUUAGAUGUCCAAAGGUUAAAACUUAUUAAACCACCACUUAAAGUUGCUAAAAGAGGCAGGCCUAGAGGUUCUGGCCAAACAGCAUUAGGGUUAACUAAGAAAACAGUAAAAAGGAAAUGCUGCUACUGCAAAAAGUGUCAUCCUGAUAAGAAUUUAGGGAAAAGAUUCAAAACAAAAUGGUUGAAAUGCACCAAAUGUGUGAGAUAUUUUCAUGAUGUGUGCUUAGGAGAUAAGCAUGAUUUACAUUUAUGUUUAUUUUGCAUUAGUUAA